GCAGCGGGGACGCGCCCGGCGCCUGCGCUCCCGCUCGGCGGCCGGGGCCGCGCAGGCCCUCCGGUGGCCCGCGGACGUUUGACCGAGGGGGCGCUGACCGCAGAGCGGCUGUGCCGCAGCCUGCGGGCGAGCAGGGGCCUGGCAGCGGUGAAGAUGUCACGGUGGAUCCCGGAUCGUCAGCUGGCGGGCAGGGCGCUGGGGAAGUGGGAAUUCCUGCUUCAGGCAGGUGAACUUGCCUGGUCUGUGGCAGGACAGGCAGGUGGCGGCGUAGUUUGAAGCUGGUCGUGAACCCCUUGGUUGCCAGAGGUGUUUCCCCUACAUCUUUGAGAGCGUGUUUGCUGUUGUUGGCCUUGCGUAGACGGGAUUGGUGGCAGCUGCUGAUACAGGAGGAUUCAGGUGAUGAUCGGCUAGAUGCGAUCGCUAAAUCGUUAAAUCUAGCAAGCGUUGGAUGAGGAUUCUGUAGGAUGUAAAAUGAGUCCCUACUCAGUGCCUACUGCACGAGCAGGGGCUAAGUAAGCCAGCCAGCCAGCGUCUUGUCUGCGUGGCCUAUCUGGAUACAGGCUAUUUUCAUAGCUGUACUAGGAAGGUACCUAGGGUGACAUGCAGUUCUUUACCUAGGCACCUCUUUGGCUGAGGAUGUGUAAAAAAUCUCCUGCCCUGAAAGUUCAGACUCGCACUUUCCAGCAGCAGUUUAAUAACUGCUUACGUACAACUUUAUUAAGUCGUAUGUUUUAUCGUAGACACAUCUUCUGAGCUGGCUGUUUGAAAGGAGGCUUUCUCUUCCAGCUCAGGCAGAGGGUUGCACGUAUGAAAUAAACAACUGGGUUUUCUUCUACUCAGGUGUAAAACUUCUGUUGCAUGGUCUUUGCUCCAACACCACAGUCAAAUCUUUGGAUUUGAAGGUGAGUCUGUUCAAAUAAGAUUAAGACAAAGAGGUGGGGAAGGAAAUAUGAGCACAAGCUUAAUCAGUUGUUCUAAAAGAUGUGUACUUGUGUAAAGUUCUUGUUCUCAGGUGACUCAGUUCUUGCCUCCCUAACACCAUGUCACAACUUUCCAAGUUACUUUGCAGCUCAUCUUUGUCCGGUUUUAUUCAGUUACUCUGUUUUCAUAGAAAUUUAUUUCUGUGUAUCUUUCGUCAGUUGCUGCUUGGUCAGAUGAGGCAUACGUAGACUUUUCUUUGGGUUUCUGUAUUACUAGUUGUUUGACUUGUGCUUCUGUAGAGUUUAUCCAACUUGCCAGUGUCUUUCAGCUAGCCUGGGGCAUGGAACUAAGCGCACACUUUCAGAUGUGAUGAUUGCUGUACUGUGAGAGGGACUUUCUGUUUAUAUUCUUCUGGCACGUAGCUAUUCCAUUGAAUCUAUGAUCCUAAACUGCAUCACACCUUUCUUUCCUGUCUGUGCUGGUGCUAGCUGAGCCAUUUUUAAUGAAGUGUGUUGAAAUGAUUCUGCUUAUCUAGAAUCAGUGUUUUCCAUCCCAUCGUGGGCCAUGCUGAUCCUGUGCUAUCCUACGGUUUUUGUGAGCUCUCAGUCAUGAUGCCUCACAAGACUAACGGUGGAAAUAACCUGCGAACCGUGGGAGCUGAGGCUUUGGGAAAACUUCUUAGGCAGAACAAAUCCAUCCGGAGCCUAAUCUUGGAAUGGAACAGCCUUGGUGUGUGGGAGGAGGGCUUCUCAUUUUUCUGCCAAGGACUGGGAACAAACAACUUUCUCCAGCGGCUAGAUCUGCGCAAUAACCAGAUCAACCAUCAAGGGGCCGGAGAGCUGGCCAUGGCACUGAAACAAAAUGCCAGCCUUCAGGAGCUGGAUUUGCGUUGGAAUAAUAUUGGGCUUCUGGGUGGUCGAGCUUUGCUGAACUGCCUGCACAGCAACAAGACCCUGAAGAGGCUGGAGCUGGCUGGGAACAACGUUCCUAGUGACAUCCUGAGAGCAGUGGAACAAGCCAUGGAUCACAACCAAGACCGUCAGACUAUCCUAACUGAGACCCGGAACCGAGCGUACAUACUCAGCAAGGAGGUUUUGAGUCUGAAGGAUGAGAAGACCAAGCAGUUCUUGGAUUUGAUGGACACUAUAGACAAACAGAAAGAAGAAAUAGCUAAGAGUGGCAGAACAUCUGCAGCACGAGUCAGCCAGCUGCAGGAAGCAUUGGAUGAGCAGCACUCCAUUAUGAAUUCAUUGAAAGCCAAGCUGCAGAUGACUGAAGCUGCCCUGGCUCUGUCUGAGCAGAAGGUGCACAACCUGGGAGAGCUGCUGAAUGCUGCAAAACAGGAGCAAACCAGCAUGGCUGAGUGCCACUUUAUGGAGCUCCAGCAGCAAAAGCAGGAAGGCAUUGAUCGGGAAGGCAAGCUUUUGCGUGACUUGUCUGCUGCCAGUGAGAAAAAUCUGCUUCUAAGAAACCAGGUGGAUGAGUUGGAGAAGAAGUGCAAAGUCCAGCAGGAUCAGCUAUUCCUGGUAAAACAAGACUUGACCAACACAACAGCAGAGCUGAAGCUGCGAGCUGUGCAGGCUGAGGAACGCCUGGAAAUGGAGAAAAGAAGAUUUAAACAAAGCCUCGACGACAUGGAAUCCCUUCGGUUAAAAGAGGUGGAUCGUAUGACACAGCACAUUGAGGCAAGUGAACGUUCCAUGCAGGACAGGAUCCAGAGGCUGGAGGCCAUCAGGAUAGCUCUGGAGGAGGAGCUCAGCCAAGUCAAAGCAGCUGCACUCACUGAGCGAGGCCAGGCAGAGGAGGAGUUAAUAAAAGUUCGGAAUCGGGCACGGUUGGAGGAGCAGCAACGACUAGAACACCUAGAAGAGAAACUGCGUCUGAUGACUGAGUCACGGGAUGAAGCUCAGAACUGCUGCCUUAAGCAAAAACAAAUGGUUGCUGAGGCCCAGACCAAAGCCAAUCAGUUGAGCCUGCAUGCUGAUGGACUCAGAAGGCGGCUAGAGGAACUUCAGCAGGACCUUAACAGUAAAGAAGAGGAGAAAGUGACAGAGGUGAAUAAAGUGAAAGUGGAAUUACAGGAGCAGAUUGGACACCUGCAGGCUGAACGCACAGCACAGGAAGGGCUGAGAGAGAAGAUUUCAGCCCUGGAGAGACAGCUGAAAGCCCUAUCAAGUAAUCACCGUGAAGCGCUGCUGGACAAAGAAGGUGAAAUCUCUAUGCUGCUGGAGAAGCUGAGAAUGAAAGAGGCUGACAUCUCCAGGAUGAGGGAAGAAGAGGCCCAGCGAGCAAGUUUCUUGCAGAAUGCCAUCAUGGCAUAUGUGCAGGGCUCUCCCUUGGGAACCCACAGUUCUAGGAAAUGAGAGCAUGGCUUAAAGAAUCCAGAUACCUGCUGUCAGGAAGAGGGUGAGCAACUCAGGUACAGCCCCUUCUUUCGAAGGGGGACAGUUUUGUCAGAGUGGGGUGACAUGAAGGCUUGCAAACACAGAAAAUUGCUCUUGCUCUUCAGAAAUCUUUCUCCCAACUGCAUAAAGGAGAGGACGAAACAACCAUCCAGGGCUGGGAUGGAGGCUCAUGGGUCUGACUUCAUGAUGUGGAGCCCUUCCCCUGCACUGCUACAGCAUUUGAAGUAGUUUCUGUGUCCUUUUAUACAGCCCCAGUCUGUUGGUACACCCUGUUAUUACCAGGGGGUUGGAUGUUUCCUGGGCAGCAGUCCUUCUGAAGCAUUUGUUUGGAUGCCAGGGCUGUUCACCGUGAAACCCGAGAAUGACGGGCAGCAGCGUUUACAGUUCCCUGUAGGUGGGAGCUAUUUACUUUGUUUGUCAGGUCCCAAAGCUGCUGGAAACACCAGAUCUUACUCGUGUGCUUUUGUACCCAGUGCUUGCAGAUGGAAGCAGUGGCUGACAGGACUCACUUUGGCUCUUUUACCCUGCUCCCCGUGGCUCUGGCUCUAGUGAUGGGCAGCAUUCAUUAUAUAUAGAAACAGCUACACAGAGGGACACUGCUGUGCAGUGGCUAUACAUGUCCUUGUUGGACAGCUGGGUGUUGGCCAUGGUUCAAGCCUCUACACCACCGACCGGCAUUGAAAAGGGUGGGGUGCUGGGGGUCACUGUCUGUGCUUCCUCGCUUGUGAACUGCAGCCCUUGGCUGGAGUUCUUGUGGCCAAAAUGCAACAGGACUUCAUUCUACUAUGACGAAUGGUAAAACUGUCCUGCUGGCUUCUCAGGAUCCUGGAGCUGAGUGCUGUUUUCUGGUCCUUACCCUGGAGAGGAGCAAUGCUUCUGACUCACCACUAAGGAGUUGCUUCUCAGAGCACAAAGGGGAAAAGGUGCUUCCUUUUCUUGGCAACACAAGUCCUCAUGUGGCAUGGAGAAAGGGAAGGGAUGUGAGGGUCUGAAUUGGAGAAAGUGGAGACCUCUGUCAGCCAGCAGUAUAGGAGCCUCCUGUUAGUUUCUCCAGCGAGUCUGUGGUGGGAAAAAUGAACUUGUGGUACAUAUUUUAAGAGGCAACUGGAAAAAGAAACUUUCGGUGUGGACUGGUUGGUUUGUGUUUGUGAUUUUUCAUACUUGAUUUUGCUCUGCUUUUUUAAUAAAGAGCUUUUGCAUUUUGCCAUAACACUA